AUGGUAUUGGCGGUUUCCCGUGAUGACCUGAUGGCCUUACUACAAGCCUACCUGGAAUUGCAUGUUGCUGGUUCCCUGAACGAGGUCCUGACAAGAGUGGAGAGGAUAUCCGAGUCAACAGUGGAGGAGAGAACGGUGGUGGAAUCUCCAGAAGGUGGUCGGAGGGCCAGGUGGACGAGGCCUUCCACGCAUCUGUCCCCGAAGCGGAGCCAUGUGGAGAGGCCGAGAGCUGGACGAAGUGGCCAUGUGGCAGAGUUUCACCAGUUUCCCCUGGUUCGAGUCAGAGGAGGUGACAGAUCCGUAGGGAAGCGGGAAGGAAGGCCCAAGAUGACGGUAAAAUGGCAGGAAGAUUGUGCAGCCAAGCUUGUCUUCCAGCGUGACAGGAAGUGACAUCAGGACGUCAGGCGUGUAGCGCCAGAAGAAGGUCGGCUUUGGAUGCCACAUCGUCGGUGAGUGCCCAAAUAGCACCAGAACUGACGGCGCAUGCUGGAAGUGCGGCCAGGGUGGAGGCAACCAAGGGUGAGUACGUGAUGCCGGUGCACCAGCUCAGGAGUGGCGGGAGUGGCAGGAGCCACGGCAGUGCAGGAGAAGAGGAGCGGUGGUGGGUCUAUGCCCGGCAGCAGUGGAAGGACCGAGGGCCAUGA